AUGUAUCAAGGAGAGAUUAGAUUAUAUAGUUUAACAGAGUUCACACCAAAUGUGCCAAUUGAUAAAGACCUUUACGUGUUUGACCUCGAGACCAAGAGUUGGUCCAUUGCUCCAGCCACGGGAGACAUUCCACACCUCUCUUGCUUAGGCGCCCGAAUGGUGUCAGUUGGAUCAAGCCUCUAUGUCUUUGGAGGCCGAGACGCUUCCCGUAACUACAACGGUUUCUACUCUUUUGACACGAACACGAAUGAGUGGAAACUGCUAACUCCCGUGGAAGAAGGACCCGCUCCUCGUAGCUUCCACUCUAUGGCAGCCGAUGAGACCAAUGUUUAUGUUUUCGGUGGAGUGGGUGCUACGGAGCGGCUCAAGACCCUGGACGCUUACAACAUCGCUGAUCAGAAGUGGGUACAGUGUGCGACUCCAGGAGAAUCGGUUAGCAUAAGAGGAGGAGCCGGGCUCCAAGUAGUGCAAGGGAAGGUUUGGGUUGUUUAUGGGUUCAACGGAUGUGAAAUAGAUGAUGUUCACUACUACGACCCGGUUGAAGACACGUGGACACAAGUGGAAACAUUUGGUGAGAAGCCUUCCGCGAGGAGCGUUUUUGCUAGUGCGGUUGUUGGGAAACACAUUGUGUUGUUCGGAGGUGAGAUAGCGAUGGAUCCACAAGCUCACGUGGGUCCGGGACAGUUGAUCGAUGGGACUUUUGCGUUGGAUACAGAGACGCUGAAAUGGGAGAGGUUGGAUAAGUUCGGUGGAGAGGAGGAGACAGGACUAUCAAUACAUGUUGGGAUCCCGAUCCUAGGAAAUGUAGAUGUUUCGCUCGGAAACGUUCUAAAUGAAGAAGAGAAGGAGACUCCGGAUGUUAGAGGAUGGUCAGCUUCCACGAGUGGGAUAAUUGAUGGUAAGAAAGGGCUGCUGAUGCAUGGUGGUAAAGCUGUCACCAAUGACCGUUUUGAUGAUCUCUUCUUUUACGAGUUUGACUCUGCUUAAACGCUUUGGUUUGAUCAUUACCGUUUGUGGCUGUUUGUGUUGUGUGUGUGAUUCAAUAAGGGAGGGACGUGAUACCAUAUGAUCCUUCAUCAUCCUUCUUUUUUUUUCUCUAUAUGUUUGCGUUGUGUGUGAUGCAGUAAGGAAGGGUCGUGUGAUAUACCAUACUAUCCUUCAUUAUCUUUUCUGUUUUGUUUAUGUAUGUUUCCUUUUUUUAAUGAAUUGGCUUGUUUUCCGUCACUUUUCUCCAUAAAAAUCACCUAAUUAAGAACAACGAUGGAUGUGUUGGAAACUUAGAAAGCACGUGUACAUUAUAGCGACAUCAAUCCUAAUCCUUUAUACCUACAGUUUUUCAAUAAGUCAUGAAGAGUGGUCUACACGGAUAG